GGGAGAGCAGAGCUUGAAAUGGCUUUAAAAAUUAAUCUGUAGAAGAACCUACAAGUGGACCACACAAGCCAGAGGAUAUAAGUGGACACCUCCUCUUUAUUUAUUUAUUUAUUUAUUUGGCGUUUUUAAGAGGAUUGCCUUCUGUGGCUUUUAAUUACUUUAACCUGGGGACAUCACAAUAAUAGGGUAGAUGAGAUCAAAAAGCAGCGGGGUGGACAGCCCAGUAGACAGAGCACUUGGGGUACCAAACAGCGACAAUGACAUCAGUCAAGAUCAGGAAGUAAGUCUACCUGUGAAGAGUCUGAAGGCCAAAGUUCAGCAAAGGGAGGGUAAGGAUGAGGUGGAGGUGAUCUCUGACAAAGAGAAACUGCUGCUGGAUCCCACUGAGGCUGGAGAAAAAAGAGGGAACAUUAUGGACUUACCCAAAGAGGAUCUGCUGAAACUGCUGGGAAUCAUGGAAGGAGAGGUUCAGGCCAGGGAGGAUGUUAUCUGCAUGUUAAAGUCCCAACAGACUCCUCCAGAGGCUCUUGAGUCACAGUAUGGCUGUUCAGUCCCUGGCUCAGCUCUCAAAGCACUACAGAGAGACAACUUCAUCACUGGCACCAAGCAGCACAACCACAGUGUUUACCAAAAGCCCAUGGCUGAGCUGGAACGUGUCCAGGAGAAGCACAAGGAGACGUACCGACGGAUGCUGGGUCAGCUGCUACUCGCUGAGAAGUGCCACCGUCGCACAGUCUAUGAACUGGACACAGAGAAACGUAAACAUGUUGACUACAUGAACAAGAGUGACGACUUUACCAACCUCCUCGAACAGGAGCGAGAAAGAUUGAAGAAGUUGCUUGAGAACGAGAAAGCUUACCAAGUGAAAAAAGAGAAGGAGCACUCCAAACGUCUGGCCAAAGUACGGGAGGAGCUUGUCAAACUGAAGUCCUUUGCACUGAUGUUGGUCAAUGAGCGGCAACAGCACCUGGAGCAAAUGGACCAACAGAGCCAGCGGGUUCAGGAGCUCAGCCAGCAGCUCCAGCAGCGGGAGCAGGUUCUGAAUGAAGCCAGGGAGCAUGCUCAAGAAGACAACCACAGAGUGCAGAGCCUGGAGGCUGAGCUUAAGGAGAAAUCUAAUAAGUUCAACCAACAACAUGAAGAGAUGAGCGCCAAGCUGGCCACUCAGGAGCUCCACAAUCGCCAACUUAAUGGCAAACUUUUGGGGCUUACACACAAAGUGGAGGAGCUGGAGGAAAGCAAUGGGGCCUUGAGGAAAUCUGAGGAAGAACUGCAGGAGUUAAGAGAAAAACUCAGCAAAGGAGAAUGCGGCAGCUCCAACUUGAUUACUGAAUUGGAGAACUUACGGAAACGGGUGCUUGAGAUGGAAGGAAAGGAUGAGGAAAUUACAAAGACUGAAAAUCAGUGUAAGGAGCUGAAGAAAAGGCUAGAAGAGGAGGAUAGUAGGAGUAAAGACCUGAAGUUGGAAGUUGAGAAGCUCCAAAAAAGAAUGAUUGAAUUAGAAAAACUUGAGGAGGCAUUUAGUGUUAGCAAAGCUGAGUGUGCACAGUUACACACUGCUCUAGAAAGAGAGAAGGGCCUGACCAAAGAGCUCUCAGAUGAAGUUAUAGCUCUCAAGAUCCGUAUGAAAGAGAUUGAGUCCUCUGAACUGAAGCUGGAAAAGUCUGAACUGAGUCUCAAGGAUGACCUGAGUAAGCUCAAGUCAUUGACAGUUGCUUUGAUGGAUGAGCGAAAGAGCCUGAUGGAAACUGUAAAGUCAGAUGAACAUAAGAAGAAUGAUUUGAGCAAGAUGGUCAAACUUGAGCAGAGUAAGGUUAUGGAGGUGACAGAGAAACUGAUAGAAGAAAGCAAAAAGCUCCUAAAAUUAAAAUCAGAGAUGGAAACCAAAGUAGAGACCCUAACCACUGAAAAAGAGGAGCUUAGUGCUAAGCUAGCGUAUGAAACUGAUAAAACUAAAGAUCUUAAUUCUAAGGUAAUUCAAAUGAAAAAAAGGCUAGAUGGGUUUGAACAAGCAGAAAAGCAGUCUGUGAGGAAUUCCAUGCUAUCUGAUUUGGGAAGAAUGUCUGACCUCAUUCGGAGAGACGACAACAAAGUUAAAGAAUUGACCUUUGAAAUUGAGCACCUAAAGAAACGCCUCAAACAACUUGAGGUCGUCGAGGGAGACUUGAUCAAGACAGAGGAUCAAUAUGACAUGUUGGAGAAAAAGUUCAUGACUGAACAGGACAAAGCAAAUGUUCUUUCCCAGCAGGUGGAGGAUAUGAAGAAUCUGAUAGCACGAAACAAAGCUAUUGAAAAAGGAGAAGAGGAAAGCCAGGAAGAGGACCUCCAACAAAGAUGCAAGAGAGAGGAGGCCAAAACCAGGGAGCUGCAAGCUGAUGUGAUAGCUCUCAAGGAGAAAAUCCACGAACUGAUGAACAAGGAAGACCAGCUUUCUCAGCUCCAAGUGGACUACUCUCUCCUACAGCAGAGAUUCUUAGAAGAGGAGGAAAGGGCCAAAAACAUGGGCACUGAAGUUUUCCAUCUCACCAAAGAGCUAGAGUUAGUUAAGCGUCAAAGUCGAGCCUUACGGCCCAGCUUAAAUGGAAGGAGAAUGGUGGAUGUAGCUGUGACAUCCACAGCAGUACAGACAGAAGCAUCAUGUUCUGGACCAGCAGAAGAGGACACCCCAGCUGGGUUUAUCAGGAAGUCUGUUCAAGAAGAGAAUCACAUUAUGAAUAACAUCCGACAGAAAUGCCUGAAGAAGACCAGUGAAAAAAGCAGCGCUGUUGAGCGUUGCCCUUCGUCUAACAGCGACUUGGGUAUUAAAAAGUCCUGGAUUCCCUGGAUGAGGAAGAAGGACAACACUCAUCAAGAGAACCACCUGGAAAAGCCUCUGCACAUUAAUGGAGAUCGAUUACCCUCUGAGUUGACUGUGCCUCAAAAACAAGGACAGCCUUUACAUAUCCGAGUGACACCAGAUCACCAAAACAACAUGGCCACUCUUGAAAUCAGCAGCCCAAUUACUGAGAAUGUUUUCUCUAGCUCAGCUCCCAUUAGCCCUAAUCAAUCUCAGCCUAAAUCCAGGAUCACAAUCAUUCCCACCUACUCUGCCCCGAACCUCCAGAGAAAGUCCCCUGCUCGAUCUCAGGGCCCGGAAAGAGCCAAGUCUCCAGUGACGAUUACAACUAUAUCUAGAGCCAAAUCUCCAGAAACCAGCCGACCCUCCUCUUCUACCUCAGGAAGGCCACUUUCCCCAGUCUCUAUUAUGACAAUGAGCACUGCUGUAGUGCCUGAAGCAUCCUCCUCCCCUGAUCCCCAGGAGAUGACCAUGGGUCGGGCUGUGUUCAAGGUUACCUCUGAGAAGCAGAUGGUCCCUGUGCCUGUGCGAAAGGGCCCCAACACUAACAUUAUCACCACUACAGAAGACAAUAAGAUCCAUAUUCACUUAGGUAACAGCAUCCCCCCAAAGAUGGUAGUCAGACCAGUGGCUACUGUAACAGAGAGCAAAGAAAUGACUCUUUCAACUGGGACAGUUUUACGCUCUCCCCGCCAAAUUACCACCACUGCUACUAGGAGCAUGCAGAGUAAAGUGAUGAGCAGUAUUACAAUAUCUCCUGUUCCAUCUACCACUUCAAGAACCACGCAGAGCAUGGCUGGGCAAGAUGCCCAGGCACCGCGUACGGGGCUGACCCGCAUCCCAAUGUCCAAGAGCCUGAAGACAGGAAAAGCUGCACUGGGAUCGCUUGGGAUCUCGAGUGGAGUGAAGCUGGAGUCUCGAGCUGACAGUCAGUCUAUGAGGAUUGAUGUUAAAAAAUCCACCGUGUACAGCAACACUCUGCAAAAUGGAGGGAAAGUCUGAUUAUUAUAAUUGUACCAAUAAUACUUAACACACAUCUAAAUUGGGCUUCACAAAAAGUAAUACAAAAAUCUGUGAUGUCCAUGUGCAACUCAGCAUGAACGUAGAAGAAGCAGAGGCAUUUUUUGUAAUCAAAUAAGGCAUUCAUUUUAUUUUUUGUCUAUUCUACUUGUUUAUUUCAUGCAUUCUGUUGUUUAUAUGAAGACUUAUGCUUUGUUUUUACAGUGUGAAUUGUGAUGAGCAUUUUGAUUUGAUAUUAUGUUAUUCUGUGCUACUUUUAACAUAUUUUUGCUUUGAGUGGCUGUUUUACACAUAAGGAGUCUGCCAAUAUAUUUUAUGACACGUCACUAUAAGGACACAAUAUUUUGUGUAAAUUAUGUUUUUUUUCUGUAAAGAAUUUUUAUUGAAAAGUGUUCUGAAUAAAUGUUAUGACAAAGGGCAGUGUGACUUGUUUAUGAAUGGAAACCAGA